AUGGCUCCAGAAAAGAACAGUAAUGGUCUUGACAACUAUGCAUUUGCACGUGAAGGGCGCUCUUGUGAUCUACCGGACACACAACAUGGAGAAGAAUUGGACAUGUCCAUGGAGUCAGACAACAACAAGCUAGUAUACUGCGUAACAGAUGUGCCUCCCUGGUACCUGUGCAUCAUCCUCGGCAUCCAGCACUGUUUGACCGCGUUUGGAGGAAUCAUCGCCAUUCCGUUAAUCCUGUCUCAGGGGUUGUGGCUGCAGUUUGAUGGCAUCACACAGGGCCACCUCAUCAGCACCAUCUUCUUCGUCUCCGGUGUUUGCACUCUGCUGCAAGUUACCUUCGGCAUCAGACUGCCCAUACUUCAAGGUGGGACCUUCACAUUGCUGGCACCGUCCAUGGCAAUGCUGUCCAUGCCGGAGUGGCAGUGCCCUGCUUGGACCCAAAAUGCCAGCCUGGUCAACACCUCCUCCACAGAAUUCACUGAAGUAUGGCAGACUCGAAUGAGAGCACUGCAGGGGUCCAUUAUGGUGGGCUCACUGUUCCAGGUGUUUGUAGGUUUCUCCGGCCUCAUCGGCCUCUUCAUGCGUUUCAUUGGACCUCUGACCAUCGCUCCCACCAUCUCUCUCAUUGGACUGUCCCUGUUUGACUCAGCUGGUACCAGUGCUGGCAACCACUGGGGCAUCUCUACUAUGACCAUAGCACUGAUCAUCCUGUUCUCACAAUACCUCCGUCACAUACCUGUGCCAUUCCCUACGUACAGCAAGGAGAAAAAACUGCACACGUCCAAUGUCUACGUCUUUCAGAUUCUCCCUGUUCUUCUUGGAAUCACUUUGUCUUGGCUCAUCUGCUACAUUUUAACAACCUACAAUGCGCUUCCUAGUGAACCAAGUCAAUAUGGCUACCUGGCCCGCACUGAUCUAAAGGGAGAUGUUAUCAGCCAAGCUCCCUGGUUUCGUUUUCCGUACCCAGGUCAGUGGGGGAUGCCGACUGUGAGUAUGGCGGGGGUGAUUGGCAUCUUGGCCGGUGUGAUUUCCUCCAUGAUAGAGUCUGUAGGGGACUACCACGCAUGUGCCAGGCUCUCUGGGGCGCCACCUCCCCCUAAACAUGCCAUCAACAGGGGUAUUGGCAUUGAGGGACUGGGCUGUCUGUUGGCUGGAGCCUGGGGUACAGGAAAUGGAACCACUUCAUACAGCGAGAAUGUUGGAGCACUUGGUAUUACAAAGGUUGGUAGUCGCAUGGUUAUUGUAGCCAGUGGAGUCCUGAUGGUUGUCAUGGGUGUGUUUGGUAAAGUGGGCGCCAUAUUCACUACGAUCCCAUCCCCUGUGGUAGGAGGGAUGUUCAUGGUUAUGUUUGGCGUCAUCUCUGCAGCAGGAGUUUCUAAUCUGCAGUAUGCAGAUAUGAAUUCUUCUCGAAACAUCUUCAUUUUUGGAUUCUCCAUGUUCUCGGGUCUGGUCAUUCCUAACUGGAUAUUCAAGAACCCCACAGCUAUUGCUACAGGUGUUGUUGAACUCGACCAGGUCUUGCAGGUUCUUCUGACAACCAGCAUGUUUGUUGGAGGUUUCUUUGGCUUCAUGCUGGACAACACAAUUCCAGGAUCAAAGCAUGAACGAGGCAUCCUGGCGUGGAACAAGGCUCACAAGGAUGAAUCCAGCAACACACUGGAGAGCGGAGAGGUCUACAACCUUCCCUUUGGCAUCAGCUCUUACUUGUCUUCUUCCUCCUGGAUCCGGUACAUACCAUUCUGCCCUCCGAGUGAGCCAGACUCCCUGGACGGAAGUGGAGCACAUACUAAUGCCCUGGAGCCUAAGCAGCCACUUGGACAUGCAGAGCCUUCACAGAUUAUUAUUGGAGUUGCCAUUCUUAGAAUGCAGCCAGGUGUUAGUGAACAAACACUGAAAAGACAUAUGAAUGAGACAAGACUUCAAAGCCAGCAGAGGAAUCAAAGGCGGAGUAACACACAGAUCAUACAACAGGCUCCAGAUGAUUUUGGCAUGCAGUGUAUAGGGUUAGCAUUUCAGCCUAAUUUCCACAGCAUGGGAAAGCAGGGUUUCAACCGCAACAAAUAUUCCAUGGACAAAGAAAGCUCAAAGGCAAAUACCUUUUCCUUUACUUGUUCAGGAUUGGAGCAAGAGGAAACAUGAACCAUGCACAGACUUGAAUACUAAAUACUCUGCAGUCACAUCUCUUGAAAAAUUAACUAUACAGAAACAGAGCUCCAAAGGAAACAGUGUUAUGGAUUUAUUGGCACCUACAUGUAGUGGUCAGGUUGCAGAUACAACCAACUGAAAACUCUUGCUCUUACCUCCUCACCCAUUCAUUGUAGUCAUUUAUACUAAGAGAACCUACGGUGGACUUCAGAUAAUUUAACAAUGGAAUCUUGAAAGUCAUUAGAAGUAAUUACAUGGGGACCAUGAAUGUGAGUACCAUAAUAUAUAUUCAAAAAGUUGAUGUAGUGCAUGUGACGUUACCCCAUUUGUUUGUGUUGGUCUGAACAAAUGUUGGUAAAAAACGAUCAAUUGACCCGGUAAUGUUAGAGGAAAUGUCAAGGAAUCACCAAAGUCAGAGGGGUUGAUCCUCUGGGGGAACAUGAAUGUCAACAAUAAUUGUUGAAGACACACCCAUAUCAAAGUGGCGGAACCACCGACCAAUUGACAAUAUCAUUCAUCAAGGUAAGGAGAUUGGGGAAAGACAGAAAGAAAUCAGACCACAGAGAUAUUUAGACUGUUUUCACUUACUGUCCAGUAUCUCCAACAUUCUUUGCUUGCUGGUUUUAUUAAUGCGUGUAAAAUCUGGACCUCAUGCAGUUAACAUUUCAAAUAGAGCAUAGGCUUCAGGUUACAAUUAUGGGUUGAUAAAAGGAGAACAGAUGGAGGGAAAAAUGAAAGGAAGUCAUAAAGAUAUAAAUGCAGACAGACAGAACGCUACCCUUUCAUGCAGGUAUUCAGACCAGUGCUAAAGGGACUGUGACUCAACUGUUCUGUGUUGAUAUCAUUCAACCUGCCAACGUGCAGAAGUAAAGAUAGUGACCUGCUCAUAGAGUGUUUAUUCUUUUUAAAACGAGAAAAUAAAAGGAAAACAGGAGAGAGGUUUUUGGAAGUUACUUAAGUAAUCCAUUAAAUGUCUUAGCCAGAGUCAAUUACCCAACUGCCAACCCUUUCGCUCUUGGCCGUGUCCUUGUUUAUGUUAGGCUCAACAAGUGCAACAAGUUGAUUUUAGGCAGCUGCAUUAUCAUAUUUUCCACACAAGGUUUACUUCUUAUUUUUAGAUAAUGAUUCACAGAUCUAAGUUCAAUAUAGCCAGUAAAGGUAUGCAUUGAUUUUUAGGAUAAUAAUUUAUUUGAGUCCUCCAAAUUACGCUAAAAGAUACAAACUAAAAUACUUGCUAUAUUUGACAACGAAAAUAUCCAACAUCUUCAACUAACUUUUAAGGAAUCCAAAUUGUGCUAAUUGAAAGGCAUUGCUGUGUGUUAAUCAUUGGGAACAAAUUGGAUUAGCCACUUCACACACGUCAUUCAUUGCCUUUAUGCUGGACUUUUAAAUGGUAUUUGCAAAAAGUUAAACAUAAUGAAGACCAUGAGCUCUCUGUGUUUAGAUCACAUGGUUCCAGUCAAACUCACAUGCUUGUGAUCCAGUUGGCAGUAAGAGGUAAUUGUUUGGGAAACGUAUCCACAAAUCACUCAGUAAACUGAACACAGGGUGUUUUAUGUUCACAAGCUGAACUCGGUAUUAAAGGUCCCCUAUUAUACUGUUUUUCAUCAUUAUAGGUCUCAGAUAUGUACAAAACAUGUCUCUGAAGUGUUUGGCUGAAAUACCAAACAGAUCAUUGCAGCAUCCCAUAA